AUGGACGGCAAAGAAGGGCGGAUCAUUUACAUUUCAUUUGAUCCAGAGCUGUUCUUUGGGAAAUCGAGCAAAGCUGAAGGUGAACUUGCUGCGAGAGUGGAUCUAGAUCUGGAUGAGGAGAUUGAAAUGAACAACUUCUUUGACUUCGACAAUUAUUACAAUGACAGGAGCAAUGCUGGGCUGGAAGAGGAAUCCCUGGGGCGGCACGAGAGUGUGGAUAUUAUGGUCGGACAAGUGUCGGCGAAGCGAAACACGGUAUUCCCCCUUUGGCGUGAAAAACCUCAGUAG